CACAGAAACAACUCCUCUCCUUGCUACAAAAGUGUGUACGCGUAUAUCGAGUCGAAGAUGGUUAACGUCGUCGUCAACACCGUUAUCGUCGUACUACCUACUCCGAGCUUCUUUUAGAACAUGUUCAUGCUUUACACGCAAGGGGGCUGAUCUUCAUCGCAAUCCCCCCAAUCCUCACAAUCUCCACGUGCAUAACACACACCGAGCUUGGAUAAUUUAGCACCCAAAGGCGAGAAUCCGCCAUGCAUGCAUGUACAGCCCGCACAGCUCGUACAACACAGUCCCUAUCUUGAAAUAGCCAAGCACGCACGCCAUGACGGACGGGUACUGGAACUAGCCUAACCAACUUACACCAGUUACUACAACAUACCUCCUCACAUCGGAAGUUCGUACGUGCCGGCCGCUCUUGCUUGAUUUCGUGAGAUUCCGUCGGGUUUCGCUCAUGACGGGUCGGUCUUCCACAACCAACUUCCUGCACGUCUCCCACCAACGACGCCCACCAACACCAAACCUUGCGAGAACCCGCGUAUCCCUUACCCCGAUCUCCGUGCGUGCCCUACUCCGUACCGUACCGGCGCCAGUCAGCACGCCUCCUCCUCACAUCCCGUCCGUCCAUCCAUCCACACACUGCAACACCCUCGCACCCCUCUCCUCUCCACCACAAAACAGACAGCCUCACCGCAGCCCCAGGCAGCCGCCGCCACUAACUCCCUCCCUCCCACCGCCAACCCCCCCUUCCAACCAACCACCACACCUCCUUUUCCCAAUCCCCUCCCAGUCUGACAGGCAGCCAAGGCCCCAGCUGCGCCGCAAGUGUCCCACCACCGCCCCUCAGACGUUUCAUUUCCGGCAUAGACAGGACUUGGCGCAAUAUUACCUCUGUGCCUUUGACCGCGUUUAUGGCGUCAAGGUGCAGAAGGGUGUGGCCAGUUAGAAGGGGGGAUGGGGAGGAGGGUGGAGUGGGCUUGUCAGCCUCGGAAAUGAGCUUUUGGUACGAGG